GGAUCAUUUGAACUAAGUUUACCUUGAAGAAUUCUGUCAGUGUGUCUUGAUGUUCCUUAAUUUAUGGAAGUUUUUAUUUUACAUUACAUUUACUGAGAUAUAAUUUUUUCCUUAAAAAGUUUUAUUCCUUCAUUAUAAGGUAAGUAAAAGUUCGAAUUAAUGACAUCCUCUGUCACUGGUCCGGAGAUGAUCAAUCUUGUGUUUGUGAAGCAACAAAUGUAAAUUCACCUGUAUCGCCAUUCUAAUAUAUAUUUCUGUUCAAAACUAUGAAUUUAAAAACGAUUAGGACUGUAUCAGUUAGACUAGAAUUACAGUACAUAAAGAUUUAGUUUGUGAUACAUUUACUAUCAUGGGCUUUUAAAUGAUAUGACUGCUCUUAAGUAGUCUUGGUUUGAUAAACCUUGACUAAUAUAGAUCUUAUUCCAAUGUUCCUUAAUGACCAGUAGUCCUUGUCUAAAAAAACCUAUUAGACUGUAAUUAGAAGUUUAGCUAGUGUAUUGGACAUCUGAUUAACAUUAGUCCUGUCAAUGGACUUCUGACUACUAGCAUUUCUAGUCUUGUGAACCCUGACCUCUUCAACUACCCGUAGUCCUAGUCUGUGAACCCUGACUAUCACUGGCCCUAGUCUUGUGAUCCUUGACCUCUGACUAUCACUAGGCCUUGUCUGAGAUCCUUGACCCUGACUAUCACUAGGCCUAGUCUGAGAUCCUUGAUCCCUGAAUACCACUAGCCCUAGUCAGUGAUCCUUGGCCCAUGACUAUCUCUAGUCGUAGUCUGUAAUCCUUGGCCCCUGACUAUCACUAUAGUCCUAGUCUGUGAUCCUUGGCCCCUGAAUACCACUAGCCCUAGUCUGUGAUCCUUGGCCCCUGAAUACCACUAGCCCUAGUCUGUGAUCCUUGGCCCCUGAAUACCACUAGCCCUAGUCUGUGAUCCUUGGCCCCUGACUACCACUAGGCCUAGUCUGAGGUCCUUGGCCCCUGACUAUCUCUAGUCAUAGUCUGUGAUCCUUGGCCCCUGACUAUCACUAUAGUCCUAAUCUGUGAUCCUUGGCCCCUGACUAUCACUAGCCCUGGUUUGUGAUCCUUGGCCCCUGACUAUCUCUAGCCAUAGUCUGUGAUUCUUGAUUAACUUUGAACAAUUGUUUUACCCUAAGCCUGGUAAAAUCUUCUGUAUUGAUUGGUGGGUCAUGAGAGUCCUUGCUGUUGUAGAUAUGAAAACCUAUAUCAACUGAAGGCUAAUUAAUUUCUGUGUAUGUGUAUUAUGAAUAUACAGGAUAUUGUAAGUCCAUGUUAAAAAGAGAAUCAUGUUGUAAGUACACAUUAAAAUUCAGUUUAUAGGUGAAUUGUUGAUAUAUUUUCAAAACAAAAGGGGUGGAAUGUGAGAUUACUAUUUACCAGCAUUUUUACAGAUCCUACACAACACAUUUUAUCGUAAACCUAGAAAGAUUUAGUUAUCAAUAGGAUAAGUUUCUCCUUCCAAAAGAUAUAGUAUGGAACAGUUGUCAUGAACUUGUGGAAACUAUAAACCAUUUGGUCCAGAGAAUCUUCACAUUUGUGUUAAACCUAAAAGCAGAAAGUUUUAAUUUUUGUGUAAAUUUGCAAUAGUGCUAAUGGGUAUUUUUAUGCUUCUGAAUGCAACACAUUGUAACAUACAUAAAAUCCAAUUUAAAAAGUAAAGCAGAACAAUGUGUCAAGAUCUUGAGACAUAAGGUGCUUAUGUUUGGUCAUAAUCUACUUGUACUAUAGGUGUGCUGUGAAGGUACCAGUUUUGUUAUAUAUUGAUUUGCUCUGAAUGGAUCCAAUACCUUGUGCAAUAUAUCAACAAAAAUUGUCAAUAUUCAACUUGGUACCUGUGAACUUACCUACCAGUAAUCAAAAAUGAAGUGUAAUGUGGUUAGUGUUUUAAAUGGUAAGUCCUGUGGACCUGUUUUAUGGAUUGUCUUUGUGUUUAACAUUGUGAAUAUCUUCAUGGAUUUCACAGGAGUCUAGUCAAUGUGAAAAGCUGUCUUCUCUAAAUUGUGAUAACCGUUUCAUUGAAUUGGGCACCUGACUGGCUGUCUUCUGGGCUUUGUGAGGUUUCUUUUGGGCUUUAGAUUCUGUCAUUUUGUACACUGGGAUAACUGCCUCAUGAGACUGUUUUCUGGGUUCAUUGAGCUGUCUUUUUCUAACACUGACUUAUUUUGUGGCCAUAUAUUAUGUCUGUAAUUUGAGCACUGUCAGAUAUUGACAAAAGUGUUCAUUAUGAGACUGUCAACUUUUAAAUGCAAACAAGUAAGUUUUCCACAUGUAUGCAUUGACUAUUGAAAUAGUGCCCUGGCAAACAAACUUAAUGUUUAUGUAUUUAGUAAUAAUACCAGAUGACUUCUGUGGUGCCUGAAGUGUCAGCUUUGAAACAUUGGAGUUAGAGUUUGUUCUGUUCUAAGAAGCAGCAAGUCUACUUGGUAAGAUUCCUAUUAAAAGCAAUUAGAAUUAUCAACUGUAGAGUAUGAAAUCAUUCAUUGGCUUGAAGUUUACUACAAAGUAAAAGGUAUAUGCUUAAGUGUUAUAAAUAAAAAGAACAUUCAGAAUAAAAGGCGUAUCUUCAAUUACGUUUACAAUGUAAUUUAAAGCAGUAUUAGGUCUUGGAAUUUCAUACAUGUUUUUAAGAGAGUGAGAUGCUGUGCAACACCUGUAAAAGUUACAUUGAAUAAACUUUAUGGUGAUUUAGAUGGAUGUGCCUUAGGAAGGUGGGCACAAUAUUUUCGGGUAGCAGUUGCUUUGCCAUGAACAUGUAGUAAGCUUAUAUCAGUGGGCUUCUGGCUGAGUACAGGUGAGUGUUGUGGCCCACAGAAACAUGAGGUAUAUACAUGAAACAUGUGGCCAAUCCAUUGAUUAGUGGCAUUCCUGAUUCCUCCACUUGGUACAUUCUGACAAGCUGUAUCAACAGUUUAACCCCAUAAUCCUCCCAGUCAAUCAAUCCGAGACUUCACCAGGUACAAAUGAGUGAGUAUAUAAUUUAUACUAUAGUCUGUGUAUAACAUGAGGUGUCUUGUGGUUGAUUGCAUACAUUAAAUCUAAUGGUCACUGCUUGUAUAAGCCAUGCUAAUUUUCUUAUAGGGUCUAUGAUCUGAAAUAUUUCCACUUUGUCAAUUUCCUGUAGAAACUUUCUUCAAAAGUUGUUUAAUAUGGGUGGUUGCAUUCCCUGCUGUGUAAAAAGUCUAAUUCUGUGUGAUCUGCAUUUUGAAGACAAACUUUCUGUGAAGUGGUUUCUAAUAUUGGAUUAAUUACCUCUUUCAUUUGUUGGCUCUUGGAUAACGUUCAAACUUGUGAAAUUUUAUUCUUUAUUACAUCAAAUCCCAAAGUUUUGAUCAGAAGGCAUAAGCUCCCAGUUCAGAUUAACAUUGAGCUAAUGAAUGUUUCAAAAAGUUACUCAUCUUUGCAGUUUAUGAAUACUUUUUUGAAGUGUUAUCUCUGUGUUACAACAGGUGGUUGAUCUAGCCUGGUGUGGUGCCUUAUGAUAGGUGGGGGUUUGUCAUUAAAAUAUUAAGAUAUCUAGAGGAGUUUGAAGACUGACUUAGCAUAAUGUCUAUAACAUGAUCUGUGAUACAUCAAGGGUAUCCCUCUAUCUGGCCAGUAUAGCAUGCCAUGGCACUCAAAUGUAAAGAUAGUACAAAUUAUCAGGAGGUGCCUCAGUAAACAGGAUGCUGAUUGCUUGAGGUCUUCAUAAAUCAUAUAUAUUUUUUAAAGUAAGUCACACAAGCAGGAAAUUGUGUAUUUUUAGCAAUCUAGCUCUCAUCACAGGAAAGGAAAUUAUCUCCCUUGACAGAGUUUUCUAGAGAUGAUGAUGAAGAAAUCUAUCCUAGUGAACGAAAAAAGAAUCUACCAUCCUAAAGGAACAGAUGGCCAGAUAUAUAUAUUCAGGAUUAAUCUGCACCAUCAGAUAUAUAAACUAUAGAGAGUCUACCUUGCCCAUAUAUUUAUUUUCAUUGAUCUACAGUUGAAGGAGUUUUCCCUGGGGCUAUAGGUUAAUAUGGUUCAUUGUUGUCCAAUUACUUGAGAUGUUCGGUUAAUUUACUCCUAUAGGACAUUAAGGUUGUCAUUGGUGUGUAAUUGACAUUGCAGAGCAUUUUACAUUCAAUUAGAUUGAGUCCUGAUACUGUCAUGGAAUUUGUUAAGGAUAAAUCUUGACUUUGGUAUUUGAAAUUUGAUUGAUGUAAUGCGUUUCUUUACAAAUGUGUAUUGUUUAUUGGUACACCAAUCUUUCUAAAUGUUUAUGAAAACGUUUUACUGUGUGUAUCGGGACCUUCAAAUUCAGCUGAUCAAAGAGAUGUGGAACAUUACGUUUCUAAAUAUAAUUUAAAAUCCUCCAGAUUAUCAAUCUGGUUUCAGCAUGGAGGAAUAUUUAAGAAUUCAUGAUGCAAUCAGUUGGAAAAAAUUGGAAUUAAGAUUAUUUCAUUUUGAUGCAUAAUGCACCCUGGAGUGAUAAUGUUUUGAAACCUGUCGGAGUGGAUGACUGAUGAACUGAGAUAAAAAAUACCAAAGAUCAGAUAGCGAGGAAUCUCAAGGAAUUCUGUUUAACCCACCUCCAAUCAGUUUUUGGUGUCAUUGAUAAUCAACAGCAUCAGAACUCUUGUCUUUUCCUCCGAUUUUUUCUAUCUAAAUCUACAGCCGAGCUAGUAAAUUAUGAAUUGAACAAAUAAGGUGAACAUAAUUGUAGGAUUUAUGUAUUCAGAAGAAGGUAUCGAGGCAUUGGUGGCCCGGGAGAUGUAUUAUUUGACAAAGUGUAAAUUAUUUGUGUAAAGAAGUGAUGGAAAACAUAAAUAUUUGGAAUCGUAGUGGAUUGAUGACCCCGGACUCUAAACAUGGCACCUAAAACUCGAGACACCUGGUUGAUUUUUUCCUCAGCAAAUGGAGGUUUUUUUAUGGAAAUGAUUGAAAGUGAUGCAAGUCUUAUAGUCAGUAGAUCUAUUAUCUGAAAUACAAUGGAAAAAAGGAAGGGAAGGCAGAGACUGGAAGAAAUCGAGCAAAGUUUGCUAAGGAUUGUCCUGGAGAGACAACAGGUGAUGGCCCAGAAGCACAUCCCCAUUGACACAUGGCUGGAGGCCCUGGGAAUGAAGGAGUAUGAGGAAAUCUUUACAGGAUUUAAUGGGGUGGAGGAUCUGCUGAAUUUGACAGAGGCAGAUGUCCGGGAUCUAGGGCUUAAAAAUAGUGCCCAUAGAGCGAAAAUCGUGUCAAGUCUCCGCAUAUUGAAGGAAAAAUAUGACAGAGGUUACCGCAAACCCAGAGUUAUACAGAGGUGUCACAGUGCUUCAGCUCAAGCUUACCGCUGGGCCAGCAUGGUCUCCAUCCCAGUCUCCAUUCCUACUGUCAGAAUUCAGCUCUCCAGCUCGCCAAAUAACAACAACUUUCCGGACUAUCAAGUGGUGAACAUAUCUCCGGAAAGAUUAGAACAUGAUCUAAUCAGCGAACUUCAAGCAGAUCCCUCGGAGUUAAGACACUGGCCUUGGUACCAUGGAAGUAUAACGCGACAACAUGCGGAGAAAUCCCUGAUCCACAAUGGAGACUUUCUGGUGCGGGACUGUAUAUCCCAGCCUGGUGACUUUGUACUAAGUUGUUAUUGGAGAAGUGCUCGUUUACAUUUCAUCAUUAAUUCUCAAAUCACAGAGAGGAAUAGUCAUAUUCCAGAGAUUACGUAUUCACUGGAAGACGAUAAGUUCUGUUCUGUUCAGGACCUAGUGCAAUUUUAUAUGUCCCACAGAAAGUGUGUCACUAAAACUUCAGGUGUUUUAUUGUUGGAUCCCGUUGGAAGAACAAUGCCACUCAGUUACUAUGACACCAAAUAUGGGUAUGCAGGAAAAAGUCCGGCUGGGGGGUUACAGACCCCUGGACAGAGUCCCUUGGAUAGGGGAAGUCCAUAUAAUUCUCCACACACAUCUCCGAAAGUUAGUCCACGCUUACAGAGGCGACCAAUCAGAGCUGGCAGCCAACCAAUACUCAAAAUAGAUAGUGGUCCAAAUCCAGUCAUUGGAACUAUUGACAGGUCUGAAAGUACACCUAGUAUAAAACAAAACCUGCUCCCUAAUGCUGAUUAUACAGUAUCUUCACGAGUGCAAAUACAACACCAAAGGUCAGGAAGUGAACCCAUGUUGAAACCUGAUGGUAAUGUGUCCCAAAAUACUCCAAAGUCCCACUACCUGUCUGUGCAGACAAGAAUGGCCCCCUCUACAUCAGACAGUCACCUCAACAGACCCCCACCCCCUAAGCCUAGCAGGAUCCCCUCCGUGAAAUACAUCGGGAAGGAUCGUCCAAAAGUUGUUGUCAGAAACAAGGAAUUAUAUGAGGAUGAUGACAGAGAUUACUCAGACUAUUCUCAGGUAAAAGAAACACCCAGUUGGCUGAAUAAAUGUCAGCCGCCAAAGUACAGUGGAAAUCUGAAUAAUAACUACCAGCCAUCCAGCAGCGAAAGUGAUUAUGACAACAAUUUUAAUAAUGUUAAUUGUGAAAACAAAUAUGUGAAAAACAAUCCUGAACCAUUGACCAUUGAAUUGCCAGAAAAAGUUAGGAAAAGAUUUGAUAGAGACUAUGCUGAAAUCCCACCAUCUCCACUUACCCCAAAAGGGAAGCAGAUUCAAGUUGCUGGAGAAAUGGAGGAGGAUUUUAAAGUGCAAAUGAGGAAAAAGACAACGUUGAUUCCAGAUAUUGCAUUUCACGCAAGUUUAAAACCAAAUGAAUUUAAGUCAUCGUUAAUUCAUCCAGACAAUAAACCAUUGGAACCAUCAAUUCUUUUGAAAGUGAAAGAAAUUCUGUUUAAUAAUAAUACUCAAAGACUGGCAGAACACAUCACCAAAGUGGACUUGGACUACUUGAAAGUUGUGAAUGAAAUAGACUUAGGAUUAGGUGUGGUGUCUGGGUUGGAGUUACUUACUUUGCCUCAAGGGAAACAACUCAGACAGGACAUUAUCGAAAGGUGUUACUGUAUGAAAGUUUUCGUCAUGGUUAUGACCUUGACCUGUGGCACAGUAACAGAUAGAGCCAAGAUGUUGAGUCAGUGGAUACAGAUUGCUGUUGAUCUACGGUCAACAUAUGGAAACUUGUUUGGGUUUGCAAGUGUGAUGGAAGGACUCACUUCAGAACAGAUUUCCCGUCUCCGUGACACAUGGCUUGUCCUGCGUCGGAAUCACACUAGCAGUGCCUUCCAGUUCGACACCAAGCUGAAAUCUGCGUAUAAGUCACUGAUGGAUGGCAGUGGGCUGCUACCGCUUCAGAACGUGUCCAUCCCUGAUAUUGCACCGCUUGUGUGUCUCCUGGAGAGAGAUGAGACGAGUCUCGCCAAUUAUCUCCCCUGGGAGUUGUCUGAUCAGAACAAUGGAUUGGAUAUUUUACUGAUACAUUUAGACACUGCCCGACUGAUUACAGCACAAUGUGGACUAUAUAAAGUGACAGCAGAAAAUAUGAUGAAAGCUGUGAAGACUGAGGAUGUUAUUUUUGAUACCUUCCAAACAGAAUUUCAUUUAAGGAUUUUGUGGGGAGCUAAAGGGUCUGUGGUAGAGAGAAGUGAGAGACAGAAUAAGUAUGAACAACUGCUGACAGUGCUGUCAAAUCGAGCCGAGCCGCCAGGAGAUGAUGGCACUGCUGUCUGAAUGAAGAGAAGGGAGGGACAAAAUAAGUAUGAACUGCUGACGGUGCUGUCAAAUCGAGCCGAGCCGCCAGGAGACGACGGCACCGCUGUCUGAAUAAAUGAACUUUAUAUUACAUUGUACUUGGGAUUGCAUUUAUUACUCAUCUCAAAAUUGUUAUGCAUGCAAAAAAUGCCUUUGCUAGUAAACUUGUACAUUUUCAUAAUACAAACUAAAUAAAAAUUUAUACAACUCAA